AUGGUGGCGGAUAUCUCUGUUUCCGACUAUGGGAGACAUGAAGUUCGACGAUGGAAGAUUGGUGAUCGAAAUGGAGAAGUCGUGGCAGGUGGAAAUGGACAAGGAAAUCGACUUGAUCAACUGUAUGCACCUUGUGGUGUGUUUGUGGAUAAGGAUCAUUCUGUAUAUGUGGUGGACAGUGGUAAUCAUCGAGUGAUGCGAUGGUGUGCAGAUUCACGAGAAGGAAAUGGGAUAGUCGGUGGAAAUGGAAAAGGAUAA